GCGGAUCCUCGCGGGUUAUUUCAAAACAUAAAUAAAUAAGUAUUAUUUGAGAUAUUUUACUAUUUAUCCGACGUUAAACAUCAACGAGAAAAGAAGGCACUGAUAUUUAAUUAUUCUGAAUGAACAGGGUGAAACCAGUGAGUGACUUUACAUUACUGGCUUAUUUUGAAAUAACAAAUCGCUCGUGCUGGAACUCAAAUCUCCAACUAAAAAGUAAAAUGUUACACAGUGUACAGGGAAUGGGAUAGCCUACAAUUAUAACUUAUAAGUUAGACAUAAUGGUGGUAAAGCCUAUAAACGUAUGUUAGAACAUAAAAGUAUAGAUUGUAUUUACAGGCAUGAAAAUUUUUAUUAUAAUACCUUGCAGAUCUUUCAGUGUUAAUACAUGAGACCACAUCCUAUAACAUAAGACCUUGAUGAUAUCUUGAACAGUUUUAAUGUACAUGGGUCCUUUUCCUAUAACACUUGAGCCCAUAAUGAUAAUGUACCUAGGUUGGUCUUUUUAAUAGUUUUAAUACAUGAGACCAUACUCUUUAACAUACGACCACAUGAUAACAUGAUGGUCUCUUUAACAGUUUUAAUUACAUGAGACCAUAUCCUAUAACACAAGAGACCAUAAUGUACCUUGAUGGUCUUUUUAAUAGUUUUAAUACAUGAGACCAUACCCUUUAACAUACGACCACAUGAUAACUUGGUGGUCUCUUUAACAGUUUUAAUUACAUGAGACCAUAUCCUAUAACACAAGAGACCAUAAUGUACCUUGAUGGUCCUUUUAAUAGUUUUAAUACAUGAGACCAUACCCUUUAACAUACGACCACAUGAUAACAUGAUGGUCUCUUUAACAGUUUUAAUUACAUGAGACCAUAUCCUAUAACACAAGAGACCAUAAUGUACCUUGAUGGUCCUUUUAAUAGUUUUAAUACAUGAGACCAUACCCUUUAACAUACGACCACAUGAUAACAUGAUGGUCUCUUUAACAGUUUUAAUUACAUGAGACCAUAUCCUAUAACACAAGAGACCAUAAUGUACCUUGAUUGUCUUUUUAAUAGUUUUAAUACAUGAGAAGAUACCUUUUAACAUACGACCACAUGAUAACAUGAUGGUCUCUUUAACAGUUUUAAUUACAUGAGACCAUAUCCUAUAACACAAGAGACCAUAAUGUACCUUGAUGGUCUUUUUAAUAGUUUUAAUACAUACGACCACAUGAUAACAUGAUGGUCUCUUUAACAGUUUUAUUCAGACGUGUAUACAUGUAUUGUACCUUUAUGGUCUCAUCACCCGUUUUAAUUACAUAACACAAUAUAAUAUCUAACUGGUCUUUAACAGUUUUGAUACAUGAGACCAUAUACAGUAGAUCAUAUUGUUCCUUAAUGGUCCCAUCAACUGUUCUAAUAGAGACCCUAUACAUGAGAUCAUAUUGCAGAUUUGAUACGAUACAUGAGACCAUGUCACAUCAACUGUUUUAAUUACAUAACAUGAGACCAUAUAGUUCAUUGAUGGUCCCAUCAACUAUUUUAAUUACAUAACACAAUAUAUCGUACUCGUCUCUUUAACAGUUUUGAUACAUGAGACCAUAUUGUUCACUCAUGGCCCCAUCAACUGUUUUAAUUACAUAACACCAUAUGAUAUUUUACUGGUCUUUAACAGUUUUGAUACAUGAGACCAUAUUGUUCACUGAUGGUCCCAACACCAUGUAAUAUCUUACUGGUCUCUUUAACAGUUUUGAUGCAUGAGACCAUAUACAGGAGACCAUAUUGUUCCUUAAUGGUCCUAUCAACUGUUUUAAUAUAUGAGACCAUAUGCAGGAGACCAUAUUGCACAUUGCACAUGGUUUCAUCAACUGUUUAAAUUAUUACUUGGGAGAUAUGAUAGGUUGAUGGUCUCUUCAACUGUUUUAAUUUUUUAGUACAAAGCCCAUAAUGAUUCCAUGUAAUAUCUUGAUGUUCUCUGUAGCAGUUUUGAAUGGGCUUUAAUUGUUUUACAGGGUUAAAGAGGUCUUACCUUUUCUACUUUUCCCUGUCAAGACAACCUUCCCCUCCCUAUACCAACUUUUUCUUAAAAUUUGCUGUUUUCUCUACCUUGCCAUACAUUUUAUAUGCUCACAUUUCACAUGGGAAUAUAUUGUCAUCACCCCUGUGGUAAGUCGUCUGUUCGUCCUCCGUCACUCCACAAAUCUUGUAAAUGCUCUACAUAUCAAUUCUUUUUAGAUUUUUUUUUUAGAUUUUGGCUCAUCAUAAGGAUUUAGACUCACGUAUAAAUUUGGUGUGGACCCUGUUGCCUAUAAUUGUAUGCAUAGUUAUUUUCACUCACCCUAAACUUUGAAAAAAAAGACCAUAUAUUGAGCUAUUAUACCAUUUGAUAGUCCCAUCUGACACGGACCUUAUAAUGAUAAGAUGUAAUCCAUUUUCAUGUUUAUUUCAUUUUAAAACAUUUUAUCUUUCAGUUAAUUAAAAGAUGUCAUCUGUUAAGGCUUGGAAAGCCUUGAAAUUAAAGAUUAAGAAAUACAACGACAAGAAUCCAACGGCCAAUGUCAUUUGCAUUGGCAUGGUAAACAACAAUUAUGUUGGCUGUGGCAGCUCAAAAAUGAUGAGCAAAUUUUAUGAAAAUGAGAAAGUUGUAGAGCUGUACCGAGAAGCAGUAAACAGUCAACAAUUUUUUGGUGAUGAGCCUAGUUAUAUGCCGAAAACAACUGUAUCAACCUAUCUAAAUAAAACUGCGACUGAGAUGGAUGUGCAUGAGAUGCGAUCGGUCAUCACAUCUUUACUUUUAAAAUCAGAUGCCAUUACUAUUUAUUGUUGAUGUUGAUGUUGGAUUGUACUGGAUCACUGACAUGCUAAAGAACAAAGAAGAAAUUUUUUUGAUAAGGAUAGUAAUUGUCCAGUAUGGUGGGGGAUCACUGAUGUCCCAUUCUGUUCUUUAAAUCACCCAAAAGGAGGACAACCACGGGCAAAAAAGGAACAAUUGGUUAAAUUAAUCAAAUCAGCACAGGAAUAUUUUAAUAUUAAACCAAAUAGAAAUAAGCUUACACCAAGUGAUGAAAUUAACGCUGAAGAAAUUGAAGAAAUUAACGCUGAAGAAGAAAUGAACGCUGAAGAAAUUGAAGAAAUUAACGCUGAAGAAAUUGAAGAAAUUAACGCUGAAGAAGAAAUUAACGCUGAAGAAGAAAUUAACGCUGAAGAAGAAAUUAACGCUGAAGAAGAAAUUAACGCUGAAGAAAUUGAAGAAAUUAACGCUGAAGAAAUUAAUGCUGAAGAAAUGAGUGACAACUCUGAGAAUAUAGAAAGAUAUAUACAUAGUAUUUGGCAGAAAAGACACAAUACUAGAGAAAACCAUCUACUAUUCAAUAUUGAAAAUAUUAAUAUCUAUACCAACACGAUACGUUUUGCUAAGGACAAGAUACCUGAUGAGGUGAUUGAUGCAUACAUGUUCUCUAUUAUAAGGCAGCAAAAGAGUAAUUACCAAUAUUUAAAGUGUACAUUGAUGUCAAUGAUAUUUGAUGUCAGGCAACAAGCUGCAGUAUCAGAGUUGGAAAUAGUUGGCGAGACAGUAAUUGGUGUACUGAAUAUUGGUUCCAACCACUGGAUGCUAAUAGUUAUAUACAUAAACACGAAAACAAUUCUACUGGUUGAUCCAUUGGGAGAGCUAGAAAGAUCAAAAAAAGAAAUACUACAGAACUGGAGAAAUUUCAUCAAUAUCAAUGAAUCAGUUUGUUCAACUGUUGAUGGUUGGGUGGUAAAUGGUAUUCCUCACCCCAAACAGCCUGAUAGUAUUUCUUGUGGAGUGCUAUGUCUAAAGUUUGCUGAAAAGAUAAUUAGCGGACUUGAAGUGUCAUUUUCUGUCACUGAUAAUGAUUUAUCCACUUAUAGAAUGGAAAUUUUAAAAACCAUUUUUAAAAUUCAAGGAAGCACCGUUUCAGAUAUCUGUAGAAUCUGCAGUACAAAAUAUCCAAAAGGUCAAGUUAAUAAUAUACAGUGGAUUGGCUGUGAUAAAUGCAUGGUGUUUUGGGUUCACUAUAAAUGUAUGAGAACACUGAAAACAUUCUCUGAGCUUUCUACCUUGGUAUAUAUAUGCCCUUUAUGUACAUACAUACCAUCAAAUUGGUAAGAGUUCAUAACCUGGAAUUCUAAGCUAUUGAGCAUUACACGAUUAUCUUAUAUCAAUGUAUAAAUUAUUAUAUAAUAUACAGGUUGUAUGAUAUAUUGGCAAUAUUUAAUAUCAAUGUAUAAAUUACUUUACUAUCUGAUAUAUAGACUAUAUAACUAUAUGAUAAUACUACUACAUUUACUCUCUGGCUUUAUUUAAUGUCAAUAUAUUUAUCCCUAUACAUGUAUCUAAGCUAUAUUUAAUAUCAAUUAUUACUGUAUAAUAUAAGGACUUUGUUUAUAAUGAUGUACAGGUUAUAUUUCAAAUUGGUAUAUCAAUUACUAUAUGAUGUACAGGUUAUAUUUGAUAUCAAUCAUUAAAUUACUAUAUGAUGUACAGGUUAUAUUUGAUAUCAAUAUGUAAAUUACUAUAUGAUGUACAUGUUAUAUUUGAUAUCAAUCGUUAAAUUACUAUAUGAUGGACAGGCUAUAUUUGAUAUCAAUAUGUAAAUUAUUAUAUGAUGUACAGGCUAUAUUUCAAAUCAAUAUAUAAAUUACUAUAUGAUGUACAGGUUAUAUUUGAUAUCAAUCGUUAAAUUACUAUAUGAUGUACAGGUUAUAUUUGAUAUCAAUAUGUAAAUUACUAUAUGAUGUACAUGUUAUAUUUGAUAUCAAUCUUUACAUUACUAUAUGAUGUACAGGCUAUAUUUGAUAUCAAUAUGUAAAUUAUUAUAUGAUGUACAGGCUAUAUUUCAAAUCAAUAUAUAAAUUACUAUAUGAUGUACAAGUUAUAUUUGAUAUCAAUAUAUAAAUUACUAUAUGAUGUACAGGUUAUAUUUGAUAUCAAUAUGUAAAUUACUAUAUGAUGUACAGGUUAUAUUUGAUAUCAAUCGUUAAAUUACUAUAUGAUGUACAGGUUAUAUUUGAUAUCAAUAUGUAAAUUACUAUAUGAUGUACAUGUUAUAUUUGAUAUGUAAAUUACUAUAUGAUGUACAGGCUAUAUUUCAAAUCGUUGUAUAAAUUACUAUAUUAUAUACAGACUAUAUUUGAUAUCAAUAUGUAAAUUACUAUAUCAUGUACAGGUUAUAUUUGAUAUCAAUCGUUAAAUUACUAUAUGAUGUACAGGUUAUAUUUCAAAUUGGUAUAUAAUUUACUAUAUGAUAUACAGGCUAUAUUUGAUAUGUAAAUUACUAUAUGAUGUACAGGCUAUAUUUCAAAUUGGUAUAUAAUUUACUAUAUGAUAUACAGGCUAUAUUUGAUAUGUAAAUUACUAUAUGAUGUACAGGCUAUAUUUCAAAUCGUUAUAUAAAUUACUAUAUGAUAUACAGACUAUAUUUGAUAUCAAUAUGUAAAUUACUAUAUCAUGUACAGGUUAUAUUUGAUAUCAAUAUAUAGAUUACUAUAUGAUGUACAGGUUAUUUUUGAUAUCAAUAUGUAAAUUACUAUAUGAUGUACAGGCUAUAUUUCAAAUUGGUAUACAAUUUACUAUGUGAUAUACAGGCUAUAUUUGAUAUGUAAAUUACUAUAUGAUGUACAGGCUAUAUUUUAAAUCAGUAUAUCAAUUACUAUAUGAUGUACAGGCUAUAUUUGAUAUCAAUAUAUAAAUUACUGUAUGAUGUACAGGUUAUUUUUUUCUAUCAAUAUGUAAAUUACUAUAUGAUGUACAGGUUAUAUUUGAUAUCAAUAUAUAAAUUACUAUAUGAUGUACAGGUUAUAUUUGAUAUCAAUCGUUAAAUUACUAUAUGAUGUACAGGUUAUAUUUGAUAUCAAUAUGUAAA